UAUCUCUCUCUCUCUCUCUCUCUUCUCUAUCUUGUUAAACGUCAUCAUAUUAUCAUAUCUGUUACGAUUUCAUACCAUUUUUCUAGGGUUCGGGUGUUCCUUUUAGAGAUUACAACUACUAUUUUUUUGUUUUUAUUUUGUGGGUGAGGGACGACGAUAACGAAUUCAUUCAUCAUGGACCGAGACAGCAGCGAGUUUGCAGAUUGGGAGAUGCUUCAGAGCUCCGGCGAGACUGUUUCUGUUGUUUCUUCCGACUCGGGCGAUGUCAUGAGAGGACUGGAAGGAAUUGAGGGUGAUUCAGGAGGGAUGAUUCGGGCGGAUUAUUUCUCAAUUGAUUCGAAGAAAAAUUACGAGAGUGUGAUGAUUGAGGAAGGUUCUGUUGAGUCUGAUAAUCCAAGUUGGAUUGAUCCGGGAUCGGAGAGUAGGUAUCCGAGGAAGGAACAUGGGGAAUUCUGGUCUGAUUCAGCUAGCGAUAGGUCUGAUGAUAGGAAAUUUGAGGAAUUUGAUGCGAGAAAUGAAUUGGGUUUUUCUGAAAAUGUGAAAAGCGAGGAAAUUUUUCAAGGAAUUGGCGUUGAGAAUGAGUUUCGGAAGUACUGGUCCGAUUCUGUUGGGAAAGGAUCGAAUCCAAUGGAAUUUGGUGAUUUCGAGACUCAAAACGAGAUGGGUAUGCAUGUUUAUGCGAAUUCUGACGACGGUUCGCAGGAUUCUUCUUCGGAGAAGAAGAUUAGUGCUACCUUGGCUCCUGCUCCUGCAGACUGUGUUAGCGGCAGGGAAGAAAUUGUGGAAGCGGUGUCAGCAAAAUCAGUUGGCGAGGGAGGAGGAGAGAGGAGCAACAUAACAGUUGUGUGGUGGAAAGUCCCGUUUCAAUUGCUAAAGUAUUGUUGCCUUAGAGUUAACCCGGUAUGGACUUUCUCUGUUGCUGCUGCAGUCAUGGGUUUCUUGAUUUUGGGACGUAGAUGGAACAAGUUGAAGAAGAAGACUCAAGGAUUGCAUCUCAAGGUUACAACGGACGAGAAGAAGGUAUCGCAGUUCAUGAGCCGUGCUGCACGUCUUAAUGAAGCUUUCUCAAUUGUGAAACGGGUUCCUGUUAUUCGCCCACCACUUCCAGCACCUGGUGUAGCUCCAUGGCCGGUGGUCACCUUGAGAUAAAAUUAAAGAGAGGAGAUGUGAAUUGGCUGUAUGUAUGUAUUUAUCUAAGUCAAAGAAAUAGUUUCUAUGCUUUUGCGAUUGUGUAUGUGUGUGAAUCAUGCAUACUUUCGGCCUCGCGGUGUUAUAUCUAUGUACCUAGUUAUAUGUGGAAAAUGUAUGGAAAUGUGUAUUUAUGUCUUAACAAUGGCAUAAUUGGAUUCUACUCCUUUUCUUUUUUGCCUU